CAAGAACCUCACGGCGCGUUGGUUUGUGAAAAUUGUAUCCAUGGCUGGCACCGCGGCACGCCAGAAGCUGGCUUGGGCUUUCAUCUUUCUGCUGGCGGCGCGGGAGGUGUCUGCGGCCCGGGAGAUUUACCGUACGGCCGAGCUCAGCUCCCUGCAGGCCGCGGGGCUGGGCCGCGCCGGGGAGGACUUCCGGCGCGCGGCGGCGGUGCGCGAGGGCGGGUCCUUCUCCGUCCGGACCAAGUGGGCCGUGGGGAAGGCGUCAUCAUUACACUGGUCGGAUUCAACCAUUACCUUCAGAUAUGUUGAUGGCGACACGUCUGCCCAUGAGCCACCAACAUACAUAGAGGUGGAUGGUUUGGACACAAAGUAUCGGCUGAUGCCAGACGGGGUGGUGAUGAUGAAGGACAUCCAUGGAAUGGACACUGUCAGCAUUGUCGGGUGGCAAGCCUACGAAGGCGGCAAGUGGGGGGACACCAAGUACGCAAAGGAUGAGGCCUUGUACUUCCGCGCUGACGACAACCCCGCCGUGGGCGAAACCAAAUCCAAUUGGCGCGGCCGCUCGGUGGGGCAUGUGGUCUACCAGGGUCACGGCCAGCUCUACUUCUUCAACAGCAAAGGCGUCCAGAAGGUCAUCGAAGCGGGCGAGAUGACCGCUUACCCCGAGCCGCUUGCGCAGCACUUGCAGCUGCAGAUGCCCGGAGGCGAGGCGAAAACCUUCAGCAAGCCGGACCGGGACCUCACGCUCCUGGUUGACGCCAUGUUGGGCGAGGCCUCCUGCAUGGCCAAGAGCAGCAAGUGUGCCUUCCGGUGCUUCUACGACCCUGACAAGGACGUUUGCGGGCCCACGCCCUUCUGCCAGAAGGUGGAGGAGAGCGCGUCCCCGAGCAUCUUGGCGCCUUUCGGGCAGCAGCAGAAGUGCCAGGCCGUGGGCGCACAGGAGAAGGAGGCCGCAGACUUGGCGGUGAAGGCGGCCGCGGAGGAUCUGAAGUCGCUGACCCUGGGCGUGAUCGAGGAGCUGGAGGCCGCCCCCGAGAUCAGCAGGGACAGCGCCGGCCGCGGCACCGUGAAGACGACGCUGAAGCUCUACGAAAAGGCCGGCGCCCUCCUCAACGUCUGGGAGGCGCUGCCCGGGCGCCUGGCCCCGGAGGCCGGGGACUUCGCGCAGGCCGAGCAGCGCGUGGCGCUCACCGACAUGAAGCACUGGCGCGGCCGGGCGGACCGGCUCACGGUCUCGGAGUACCGGGCCGCGGCGGCGCAGCCCAGCGCGGCGCUGAAGACGUCGACGCGGUACUCCGUGGCCGCCAAGCUGCACAGCGAGCUCCGCGUGUUCAUGCAGAAGCGGCCGGCGAUCAUGAUCGAGUUUGCAAAGUCGGAGUCCAAAGGCAAGUGCCGCUUGUCCGACCAGACGACGGCGGGCAAGGAGCAGUUGGGCACCUUCCUGAAUUACUUUAUGCUCGUGCCCGGGUACAGCACGGAGGAUGUGCAUGACACGGAUCUGGGCCUCCCGGAGCAUUGCCAGGAGUUUAUGCAGGGCAUGUGGCGCGCGGACGUAAAGCGCACGGUGGCCAGGGCGGCGGAGUAUGAGGCUGAGCUGGAAAAGGAGCCCGACGCGGGGAAUUCUUCAUUGGUCGAGGUGGCUGAUGCCGCAGAAGGUGAGCGCUUCCGGACGGAGGGUGAGAACAGUGGCGAGACUGGCGAGAUCGGUUUCAUUUUAUUCUGCGUCGCGGUGUGCAUCUUUUGCAUGUGCUUCUCCGGCGUCUUGCUGAAUGUGGCGGUGCGCAGUGUGCGCGACUGGGCAGAUCCAUACCGCAACACCCACGGCGCCUUCUUCAGCUUCUUCUUCGCCGCCUUGCUGGGUUGCAUGGUACUUUUCGGCGCCUUCGCCAUGGCCACGCCCGUGGGCAUCGCGGCCUUGGUGGGCGCCUUGCUGUGGGUGGGCUACAUGAACGCGGACAUGGUGACCCUCUUGGAGCUGAAGCCGGCGCGCCCAACGAGGCCGCGACUUGCGGCCGCGGUGCAGCUCAGCAUGUGAGCGCUCGAAAGCGGUUGCUUCCUCCCGUGCUCUCUCGUCAGCUUGUCUAGGUCCCCGAGCUAGGUGCCCUUUCUCUCC